AGUUCAGUUUUAGUGAAUAUGCUGUGGUAGGAGAACGUGAAUGUGAUAUGGCGGCUCGAGUCCGCUUGAAGAUGAAAUGCGGCACAGCAUUGCCCUUCGUUUUUCUCGUGAUAGUGUGCUUUGUGAACAUGGUGUGUUGUAUGUUUGAACAUAGACAUUGUAAUCAUCGACAUCCUAAAGUUCAUGAGGUGAUACACGGUGUGCACAUUGAACCUAAACACAAAAUAAUGAAGCGUAGCAUCAGUCAACCUCUUAGAAUUCUUCUUUCAUAUGAUGAGAGUGUCUUUCGGCUGGACAAUGAAAAAUUUGAGCUCAUUAAUAAUACAAUCUUGCCUGAAGCUGUACAUUUUUGGGAGAGGGCUCUUAUGGUGCGAGCGACAAGAAACACCAUUCGACUGAAUAGAAAAUGCGAAAGCAGCCAAGUUUUUGUUAAGGAUCAUCAUACACAUUGCAUAGACACUUGUCGAUCUGUAACUAUGUGUGGUGAAGUAGUUGUACCUGACGCACAUCUUGACGUUUGUAGAACGUGUAAUGCUACUGGACAUAAAUGCGGAGUGGCUGAAGGAAGCAUUGCUGGUGAAGGGAUCAAUGAUGCAGAUUUCAUAUUUUAUGUUUCUGCAAUGCAAACCGAACGAUGUCACAAAGGAAUGACAGUCGCUUAUGCCGCUCACUGCCAACAGGAAGCUGCUCUGGAUCGACCCAUUGCUGGACAUGCUAACCUGUGCCCUGGUAGUAUAAGCACAAAACCUCAAGAAUUAGAAACAUUACUGAGCACAGUAAAACAUGAAAUUUUACAUGCUCUGGGCUUUUCAGUGAGUCUGUAUGCUUUCUAUCGAGAUGAAAAUGGUAAUCCCAGGACACCAAGAAGAAGUGAAACUGGAAAACCUCUACUCAAUGAAAAAUUACAAACCCAUCAAUGGAGUGAAAACACAAUUAAGACCGUGAUCAGACGAAACUGGCAAGUGCGUGGCACAACAGUGGAAAGGCCUAUGCAAAUGAUUGUAACACCCCGAGUUCAAGAGGAAGUUCGUGCACACUUCAAUUGCAAAUUGUUGGAGGGUGCGGAAUUGGAGGAUCAAGGCGAGGAUGGAACAGCUUUAACUCAUUGGGAGAAACGAGUUUUUGAGAAUGAAGCAAUGACUGGAACACACACACAAAAUCCUGUUUACUCGAGGAUAACUCUUGCACUUAUGGAGGAUACUGGAUGGUAUAGCGCAAACUAUUCGAUGGCUCAGGAACUUGGCUGGGGUAAAAACUUGGGAUGCGAUUUUGCUAUGAAAUCUUGUAAAGAAUGGAUUUCCACAAGAUCAUCUCGUUUCUCGGGCAAGUUGAUUCAUCCAUUUUGCAACAAAGUGAAGCAAGAUCCAUUACAAACGGAAUGUACUGAUGACCGUAGUUCUGUAGCUUUGUGUAAUUUAGUAGAACAUCCUCAACCACUACCAAAAAAAUAUCAGAAUUUUGAUUCAAUUCCAUACGUUCCUUCGGGAAAAGAGAAAUUUUAUGGUGGUUCGGUAUCUCUAGCAGAUUAUUGUCCUUACAUUCAAGAAUUUACCUGGCGGGCCAGGAAUAUUGUUGUAAGGGGUUCGCAUUGUUUGUAUGAGGAAAACAAUCCACUUGCUGAAAAGAAUUUCGCUUUGGAAAAAUAUGGACCUCAUUCCAGGUGCUUUGAUCAUACAAAUCAAAUGUGGGUAGAAAGAACUUGUAAACAAGCUAGAGAAUGGCAACAUUGGGGAUCUGGUUGUUAUCAAUAUAAAUGUGAAACUGGAAGACUGCACAUAAUAGUAGCAAAUUACACCUACACCUGUUAUCACGCUGGACAAGAAAUUGCAAUCAGAAUUAUGCAAAAUGAAUGGUUGCACAAAGGAGCCCUUAAAUGUCCACCUUGUAAGGAUAUUUGCCAGGCGGAGUUAAAAGCACAAGGAGAAUGGUGCAAACCAGGGGAUGAACAUCCUCCUGCAACAUUUUAUCCAAGGGACGAUCUGCACUGUGGAUCCUCCAGAAUCAUCAGUCUGAAUCUAUUUGUAUAUAUCGUCAAUAUUUUCCUAUUUAUCACCAGAUGAUCUAAUGUGAAUUAUAGUUUAUGUUAAUUGUUAAAAAAGACCUAAUUCGUAGAUCGAUGUUUUAACAUUGUAUUUUCAUCAAGAAACGUAUCAAGCGAGCUUCAUGUAAAAUGCAUUAUUUUUUUAAAGCUCAUUAUUAUUAGAUACGUUGACAGAGAAAACUUUAUUAUGAGAGUUUUAAUUAAACAUUGUGAUUUAUGAAUGAUAUUAUAACGAACAAAGUUAUUCAUUGUAUAGAUUUCUUUUAAUUGUUAUUGAACAUAUUAACUGAGAGAGAAAUUGCAAAAUGACUGGUUAAUUUUCGGAAAUUGCUAUCAGUAUUUGACAAGUAACAUUCCCUUAAAACUCGACUAAAGUAUAACUUUAUUAAUUAUUAUUCAAUUUUUUAUUUCCAAUUUUUAUGACGUGUAAUUUAUUUUUAAGACUUGACAUGCUUUAAUGUAUGAAUAAUUCAGUGGAAAUAUUGUCAAGAACAACCAUUUUUAGUCUCGUAGAUAGAUUAAAAUGUAGAGAUUUUACGUCAGAUUUUAUUAUGAUCUAUUAAUAUGAACAAAGUAUUUAAAGAAUCGACAUUUUUCCUACCAUUUAAAAAUAGAAAAUAAAAUACAUACACAUUUUUAAUCGUAUUAACGACGAAAAGAAUAAAAAGACAUAAAACUAAAAAUUUAUAAUACAUAUCUAGUGAUUCUAAAACUUUAGCGAAAAGUUAAGUACAUUUUUCUAAAAGAAUUCAUGUGAUUUGGAAAAAUAUUCUUUUCAAAAUAGUAUUAAUUCUUAGAAAUGAACUCAAAUGUAAAUAUUUUAAAAGUAUUACUUUUCACAUAAAUACAAAUAAAACUAUUUUUAAAAAAAUGCAAUAUUGUAUUUGCAUUUUUUUAACCUAUAGCUAAAACCCGUUAUAGUUUUAUUAUUCAGAAAAAAUAUAAAUAGGGUUUUUUCUUAAAUGUUAAAACUCAUUUCGCUAAAGCUUUUUGAAUUGUUUAAGUUAAGAUAUUUGUAAAAAGUAUAGAAAGCUUUUUAAAGAAUCUCCUCUAAUUUUUAUCUGUAAUAAUUUAAGUGCGAUAAACAUUUUUCUAGAAUGUGAGAUAAUAAAAUGUAAGAAUGUGAACGCGUAUAUAUAAUACAUUUAAUUCAUAAUACAAUUUAUUAAAAGUUUGAAUGAUAUCAUCGUUUUUGUAAACGAUUCGUUAUAUUAUAAUUAAUGUAAUUGGAAUGAUUAAAAAUCAAGUUUAUAGUAUUAUUCAAGUCAUUAAGUAGUUUGAGAAUUUUUAAAAAUGAGAAUGUAAUAUCAAUUAGAAUUUUAAGACGAAUGAAAACCUUUAUCUUGUGAAAAAAAACUUUAAAUCUUUAAAUGCCGUAUUUAGUUUAAAGUUUUUUUUCCAUAAAAUUAAUUUUUUUAAUUACUUGAUAUUCAUAAAUUAAAUUUUAAAUUUGAAGACAGUUUGCGUUGUUUAAUAUAAUUUAAAUCAUAUUUAUAAUUACAAUUGCAAAUUAUACAUGAAACCUGCACUGCGGAUUGUUUUAGAAUUAUUGUUCUCAAAUUAAAAUUUUACGAGUAUUCUAUCCAAUAUAUUUUAAUUUUUGAAAAUGUAGCAAAUAUUGCAAAUUUUAACAAACUAAUUAACAGGUUAAAACACUUCAUAUCAUCUUUCCGCAGUGAGGGAUUAAUAAUAUUUCAUUUCAAAAAUAAGAGUAUUAUCAACGCAUUUAUUUUGUAUUACAUAUGCAACUUAAUAAACAAAAUUGUAUAUA